UGAAAAUACAAAGGCAGAAGUGCAAGUGGCUGGUGUUAAACAAAGUCAUGAGAGAGUGAUGGAGGCACACAGAGAAUGACAGCAGGUUUGAUUGAAUAGACAACAAAUAUACGAGUGAGAGGGAGGAGAACGCCAUUCGAGUGGAUGAGAAGAAGCAGAUUUUUAAAAAAAAAAACAAGUAAAACUUUGGAUACUGACUGAAAUAUGGGCGAGUCCAGUAUCUGCCAGGUGAGGGCGACAGUCAUGAUGUACGAUGACACCAACAAGCGAUGGGUGCCAGCGGGAUCUGACAGUCCGUCUUUCAGCAGGGUCCAGAUCUAUCACAACCCCGCUACCAACACCUUCAGAGUGGUGGGCCGCAAAAUGCAGGCCGACCAGCAGGUGGUGAUCAACUGUCCCAUUAUCAAAGGGAUGAAGUAUAAUCAAGCCACACCAAACUUCCACCAGUGGCGGGAUCCCAAACAGGUGUGGGGGCUGAACUUUGGUAGUAAAGAGGAUGCUGCUCUUUUUGCCAACACCAUGACGCACGCAUUAGAGGCUCUCAAUGCACCAGUGGCCACAGGUCCAGCUCAGAAUGAACCCUCUGCACAGGAGCUGGAACACCAGAGAAGACAGGAGCGUCAGAGGCAGGAGCAGCAGGAGAAGGAGCGCCUGGAGAGAGAGAGGCAAGCUGCUGCUGCAUCUGCACCUCCUGCUCCUCCUGCUCCUCCUGCUCCUCCUCCUGCUCCUCCAGCACCACCAGCUGCCCCACCGGCACCCCCGCCACCUCCAGGCCCACCACCUUCCUCAGGGCCGUGCCCACCUGCACCUCCACCGCCUCCUCCCGGGGGCAUGGCCCCAUCUGCACCCCCCCCACCCCCUGCUGGAGGAGGCAGGGGAGGCGGAGGAGCAAGCGAUCUGACUGCAGCUCUGGCGGGAGCCAAACUACGUAAAACAGUCAAACCGGAUGAGGGAGAAGCACCAGCCCCCAAACCAGCCCCUUCAUCUGGUGGAGGUGGAGGAGGUGGCCUGAUGGGAGAAAUGAGUGCCAUCCUUGCUCGGAGGAGGAAAGCUGCUGAUAAUCCUGCUGCACAGAAGGUAGAACCUCGCAAUGAGGAUUCUGACUCCUCAGUAUCUAAAUCCUCAGGACCAAAAGAGAUCAACAAGAAGCCCAAGGAAAUAUCUGGAACCAUGCCAAGGCCCAAACCCCUAACCAACAAUCAAAGGGACUCUAGCCCCAGUCCAGGCUCCUCCAUUUCUACCUCCACUAACUCUGCCACUACCUCCAUGUCCAGGACACAGGUGGUGAAGAAGAACUCAGACGGUGCAGGAAGUGAGACUUAUAUGGAACGACUCAAACAGGAAAUCCUUGAAGAGGUGAAAAAAGAACUUCAAAAAGUGAAGGACGAGAUUAUCAAAGCACUGAUCCAGGAGUUGCAAAGUGCACAGCCAAAGGAUGAAGACUCCUGAAAGACGAAUGAACAGAUGUGAAUGUUUCAUCAUGCAAUGCUCAGGCAAUUUACAAAUGUUUCCGCUGUAGAAGACUUUUUUUUUCAUUAAUUCAAACAUAUGUCUGCCAUUUGUACUACAAUUUGUGAAAACAAUGUGAAAACGUAUGCAAAUACUCACAACACAACCAAGUAGCAACCAAGUAGCACAGACAACAGCAAUCUGUUUCACAGACACAAAAAGUGAUGACCAUGGCUGGGACACGCUUGUCGUGUAUAUUUGUAGCACAUUUCUGUGUUUGGUUGUGUUUUGAGUAUUUGCAGCUCGUUUCUCUCUUUGGUUAUGUUGUGAGUAUGAGUAGUGAGUUUGCAGCGAAUGUGUUGUCAAAUCGAUGAAGAUGUUUUCUUCAUUUGCUUGUGUUUUGUCUAUUUUCAUGCGUUUUCUAAAUUGCAGUGCACCUCUCGGAAACAGUGAAAAUCAGUCUCCUUCGAGUGUGUUAUUUGAAUACCACAAAGUAUCCUGGGUCGAAUGUCAUGUUAUUUAAAGUGGAAGAAGACAACUUUUCGACCUCCUCAGUGUUCAGGUUUAGGGUGUUCCGUUUUCCUCUGAGCGCAGCAACUUCUAACAUGUCAUCAUUUUGAAAUCAUGAAUCAAAAUGCAAAGCAGUGUGUGGUGCAAACACAGUGCUUCCUCAAGAACACCAUUUCAGGUACUGUGAGAUGUGUGAUACACUUUACACAAGUUAAAGCAAACUUUUCAUAUGUUUUGCA